CUUGUCAAAAAGCGAUAAGCGAGAAAAAGAAAAUUUAAGUCCCCACCGAUCGUCCGCCGUUUCUCUUGCUUCACGCGUGCUCAGACAUUCCAAAACAUCCAGGGCGCAAAAUGUUUCACAAACUGCGCACGGCAGCUGCUAGCUUCCGGGGCUUUUCUACAUCGUGUGCCGUUCGAAGCAAAAAUGUACCUCAGAGACAAAUCAAGAAAUUGCUUAUUGCCAAUCGAGGCGAAAUCGCUUGCCGGAUUAUGCGAACGGCCAACCGCCUCGGCAUAAGAACUGUGGCCGUGUUUUCUGAUGCUGAUGAAAAAUCGUUCCACGUAAAAAUGGCAAACGAGGCUUAUAAUAUUGGACCGCCGGCCUCGCAGCAAUCCUACUUACGUGGCGAUAAAAUUCUGGAAGUGGCCAAAAGAUCGGGGUGCCAAGCGAUUCAUCCAGGCUACGGGUUUCUAUCGGAAAAUGUAGAAUUUGCAGAGCUAUGUCAAAAAGAAGAUGUAACGUUCAUUGGCCCACCGGCUAGUGCUAUUCGCGACAUGGGCAUUAAGAGUACAUCAAAGCAUAUCAUGUCUGCUGCCGGUGUUCCUAUCAUUAAUGGAUAUCAUGGAAAUGAUCAGUCUGAUGAGAAGCUCUUAGAAGAAGCACGGAAAAUUGGCUUUCCCUUGAUGAUCAAGGCAGUACGUGGCGGAGGUGGCAAAGGUAUGCGCAUCGCGGAGACGGAAGCGGAUUUUAUGCCGAUGUUGCAGUCCGCCCGAACCGAGUCGGAGAAGGCAUUUGGUGAUACGGCUAUGCUGUUGGAACGUUACGUACGCUCUCCUCGACACGUUGAAGUACAGGUAUUUGCCGAUCAUCACGGCAAUGCCGUGUAUCUCUAUGAACGCGAUUGUUCGGUGCAAAGACGGCAUCAGAAAAUCAUUGAGGAAGCACCCGCCCCUGGGCUCUCGGAGGAGCUACGAAAGCAGCUUGGCGAAGCGGCGGUUCGUGCAGCGAAGGCAGUAAACUAUGUUGGUGCCGGUACCGUCGAGUUCAUACUUGACAAAGAAGAUCUGUCGUUCCAUUUCAUGGAGAUGAACACACGACUCCAGGUGGAGCAUCCGAUUACUGAGAUGAUCACUGGCACUGACCUCGUCGAGUGGCAAAUUAAAGUGGCUUCCGGUGAACCGCUUUCUGUAACGCAGGAGGAUAUUCGGAAAAAUGGUCACGCUUUCGAAGCACGUAUCUACGCAGAAGAUCCAGCGGGAGGAUUUUUGCCCGGCGCAGGUCCCUUAGACUACCUCUCGACGCCUGAAACGUCGGCAACGACUCGCGUCGAAACGGGAGUACGUCAAGGAGACGAAGUUUCGAUUCAUUACGAUCCAAUGAUUGCUAAGUUGGUUGUAUGGGGAGAGAACAGAGCCAGCAGCCUUCAGUUGUUGAUUGAACAGUUAGCAAACUAUCAGAUAGCUGGUCUGCAAACCAACAUCAAUUUUCUUUUGGAUCUUGCUCGCCAUGAUCAUUUCCAGGCAGCAGAUGUGCAUACUGGUUUCAUCGAGCAGCAUAUGGCCACAUUGUUUCCCAAAAAAACGGUUCCUAGAGAGAAAGUGAUACAGAUGGCAUUAGCUCAAUUGCUGAACGAACGAGUUCAAUUGGGCGUAAGAACAGAUAAAAUACGUGGUCCAUUCGAUGCCGAAUUGAACUUCCGACCCAACUACAAACCAAUACAUUCCGUUAAGUUGAAAGUUAUCGAAGCAGAAUAUAUUGUUGACAUUGAGAAGCUCGACAAUCACUACAACGUUCGCGUAAAUGGAGGCAAUUGGUCAAAGGUGUCCGUUCAUCGCAAGCCAUACGCCAACCGUUUUCUCUUGGAAACUAAUAUCGAUGGACAUAUCUCUUGCUUCAAUAGCAUAAUCGCCGCCGAGAAUGUGACCCUGUUUGAUGAGAACGGUAUGAUUAGUGGGGAAAUCGUUCAACCACGUUUCCUGCUUUCUGAGAGCACUAUGGGCGGUGUUGAUGCAUCCAGCGUAAUAGCUCCGAUGCCUGGAAUAUUGGACAAGGUCCUGGUAAAACCGGGGGAUACUGUGAAAAUUGGAACACCCGUUGCGGUGCUGAUUGCAAUGAAAAUGGAACAUGUGUUAAAGGCUGCUAAGGAUGGCAUUGUGAAGACAAUUCCCAACGCCGAGGGCAGUAAUGUAAAGAAAGGAACCGUCUUAUUAUCUUUCGAAUGAUACAGGUAGUUGCUGUGAAACAUGAAAUGUGUAACUUACAGCACGCACAAGCAGUCAUACCAAUCUGUGACAUAAACUGCAUUUACUAGCAUGUAUACUUUUUUUUAUGAUAAAAACGCAACCUAGCGAUCGUUUUCAAAAAGCGUCAAACGCUUACAAAACUGCAAAUUAAACCUACAAUCUAUACAAUCUUCUAAAUGCUAAUAAACAAAUUAUGUGACAAUAAUUCUUUGUAUCGAAAUGUUAGGUCGUAGUAGGACGACGUAUUUUACAAACCGCAAUUAAGAAUAACGUCAUUCCGGUAGUCUGCGAGAUAGGCUCAUGCGAUUAUAAAUGUUUCGGUUUAGUACAAGUAAAAACGCUAUAAUAAUAAAAAAGAAUAAUUCAAAUGUGAGUCCUUUUGGAAAUUUAACCACACCAAAUAAAAAAAAACAGCCUUGCUAUGGAUU